CAUUUGAUUGCGCAGUAACUGUGAAAAUGUCCAUGCAAAAACAACGUAGUGACUUCAUUGACUUAUGCUGGCGCUGGUUGCGGUUGAAAGUGGCGUACGCCUAUGCGAAAUUUAAAUAUUAAAACAAAGCAAAACAGCAAACGCCUAAAGAGCAUUUGAAAAAAAUAAAAAAUAAAUAAAUAAAUAGAGUAAAAGAUAGAGUGUAUCGUAAAAGUUGUGAAGUAGUGGCGGCAAGUUGCUUAGGGCAAUUAAAAAACACCAGCAACAACGCAGCUCUUUAGUUGCCGUAGUGGCACACUUCCAUUAGCAAAUAAUUUAAUAGUGGCAUGCUUGGUGAGAAGCCGCAACAGCAAUAAAAUAAACAACAACAACCACAGUAAAUAAAAAUUGGAUUUGCAAAUUGGAAAUGUUAAUUGAACGCCGAAUGAAUGUCGAAUCAGUUCAGGCUGCUACUUUUUAUUGUGGUGAUUUCGGGUGCAUUAUGUACAGUAGAAGAUUAUGUAAUAAUGUCACAGUGUGCACACAACAAAGCCAUACAUGUAGCUGCGGAAGGAACAGUCUCAGUGACAGACAUUUCACAGACACAAAAUAUAACGAUAGUCGGCCUCCCGGACUAUGUGAACAACAAUCUCAAAAUAGCACUGUACGCAAAAGAAACACAACGGUACCUGUGUUUCAACGAUCAGUGGAAACUAGUUGGAAUGAAAGAACUGCGCGACACCUGCUACUUCAACGAAACCAUCGUACACGGUUAUUUCGUGUUUCGUUCCGUAGUCGAUCUGCAGCGACGUGUCGGCUUCACGCACCGAGGUAAGGCGGUCGGGCCGAAGAAGAAUGUCAACGAUGCCUGUUAUCUAUUCACGAAGAUACAGGCCGAUCAGUUUUUCCAUCAGCACACCAAUUACUUUGCACCGAAAGCGAAGAGCACCAAAACCAUUAGCGGCAUUAGCACAUCACCACAAACAACAGCAACAACCACACAUACAACAUCAGGAGCCUCAGCGAGAUUGUCGUCACAGCGAGCAGCACUCUCAGCGGCAGCAACAACAGCAACGGCAACGGCGACAGCUACUGCGACAGCGUCCCAACGCAGCCACAACAACAAGCUGUUGCGCAACAACAACAAAAAUAAGCGAGUGAAUGGCAUGCGCAAUAACAACAAAACUAAUAGCAACAGAAAUAGCAACAAUAACCAAAAUGAAGAGUACUCUAAUGGCCAUAGUAGCAAUUUAAGCAGCAACAGUAACAACAACAACCCGAGCAGUAGCCACAAUAGCAACAGUAGGAAAUUAGUUAGUAAUAGUCAGCAACAGCAGCAGCAAAUAGUUGUAAGUCAGCAAAAGCAUCACAAUUAUAAUAACAACAGCAACAACAACAACAAUAGUAAUAGCCAGACACGCGAACAUGUGCGCCAGCAGCAACAACAUCAGGUGCGGCAUCAUCACAAUGAUCCGAACUUGAUUGCCCGUCGCCAGCAGCACGAGCACAAACAGAAGCGACGGCAACAUCAGCGUCAGCAGCAGCAACGACUGCGCAGCGGCAAAAUAACUAGUCCAGCAACAACAACAGAAGCUCAAAAAGCUGCGCAGGAGCAUGCGUCGGCCACACCAACUUUGGCAGGUCGUGGUGCUGCGAUGGCAACAACAACACAAACUACUUUCGGCGCGACAGUAGCAGCAGCAGGAGCAGCCUUAACCGGCAGUUACAAGCAACGAAAGCACGAGCACGGCGCCCACACAACUGCCGCAAAUGUUGCUGAAAAGGGUGCGGCAGCAACUACAACAGCAAUAACAACAAUGAAAACAACAACAAUUGCGAAUAAGCGCAAAGGGCGACGAAGAAAAGGACGCAAGCAGAAGAAGCAACAGCAAAAGCUCGAGCAACAAAUGCUGCCCCUUCGCUCGCAGCCUGUCACCUUCAAAUCGCAGGAAUCGAGGCAUGACGCUGCCACACCAACGCAAACCACUUGGCUGUGGAACGAGUCGCCAACGUCACCGCUUUCAUCGUUGUCAACAUCGCAGAUAUCGUCGGCAGCAACUUAUGGCGAUUACAGCGGCGAAUGGAUAUCUUCAACAACUCUCGCCGAUUCAGCAUCGGUGCCAUCAUCGGCAACAACACUUCUAGAUGCUUACAUAGCCUCGCCUGUUUCGCUUCUACCUUCGUCAGUGUCAUCGGACACGGAAGACACGCCUACACAUGCAUACUCGGCAUCAACUACAGAUGUUUUUGAUGGAUUUUCCUCGCUUACGCCAACAAGCGACUACAACAACAUCACUGAUUUCUCAGGUGAGAUUUUAGUAGACGAAGAUGCGCUCAACUCUACGCUUAUUGCUGAGAUGGACGACAGCAAAACGGGCAUUCAAUUAAACAGUAUUACUUCCCAACAACAACACUUUAUAACAGUAAGUGGGGCAGGUUCAGAAACCGAAGAGCAGUCCCUGACCCCCACAUCGCCAAUAUUUUCUGAAAGUAGCGUUCAGAGCUGGUCGCCAACAACACUGGACACAGAAGCGACAGCCGCUAGCUUUAGCGACUAUGCUGAGACAAUGUUUCCGGCUCCAACAGCAACAAUUGAAACAGAAAGUGUUGCAGCAACAGCGAUUUUGCCAGAGGAUGUCAAUGCGACAAUGGAGACGCAAACUAACGCGGACGAUGCAGAUCUGUAUGCAACAAUGAAUUCUACCUCUAGUGAAACCGAAUCGGAAAGUAGCAGUAGCAGCGGCAGUUUCACCGAAGCACUGGCGGAUGUUGGUAGCACAAUAACCACAGCAGUUGUACAGCGAGGCAGCUACAACUUGAAGGGCGAGCACGAGAACAUCAUAAACGAUCCGAAGAUAAACGACCGCCACAUGUCGAGAAAGCCUUCGAGCAUUGCCGCCAGCAUAGCAACACUUUUGUACAACCAAUUGCUUGCAACGCGUAGCAACAGCGAUGAUGAAUACGCUUGGAGGCCGCAGCGGGGUGAAGAGUACUCAGAUGAAGUAGACGCGGCAACCGUACGGCCAACAAUCGCCACCACAACAACCGAUUUCGCUGCUGAAGAUCGUGCAACAUGGUGGCAGCAUCAAAUGAAUUAUAGCGGCAACAAUUUUUGGGACAAAGGUUUGGCUGAUGCCCCACCCAGUGUGCAGAGCAGUGACUACAGCUUGCAUAAACACAACAAACACAGGAACAGAAGCAAGCAUAGGCCCAACAGUCGAAACGGCGACAGCAGAGAUUUUGAAGCAGUGUCUCAACAUCCCUUGCAAGCGCUACUGGCAAGCAACUCCAGCCUUAGUUAUAGCAAAAAAUACUUGGGAGAGGGAAAGUUGCAGCGACAAGGCAGCAAAUCGUACGGUAGUAGCAACAAGUUGCAGCCACAGUCGGCACAAACAGCACAAGAGUACUCGUACAGCAGCACAAUCGCAACAACGCAUACCGCAACUGCAACAAUUAAAACACAAGACGCAACGAAUGCCACAACUGUUUCGGCAACAACGACUAGGCAACACAUUUACCCGCUACAUCAAUUGCUGGGCAACAAAACCAUUGCGCCCUUCAACAGUCAGCCGCAAUUAUUGCAAUUUGAUGGCAACAGUAAUCAUUUAGUUCACACACCAACUGCAAAUACUUUCAUCAAAACAACCUCAUCGACAGCGCCUUCUUCAUCAACUGUGGCCAGCGACUCCACGCCUACAGCGGCGGCAGCAGCUGCGACAGUGACCACCAAAAAGACGAUACGCAUAUCGACGCAGAAACUGCUAGCCACACCCUUUCACCAGCUGACCUAUGUACGAAAUAACGCCGGCGACAUUGACAUCGACAAUAUUGACAACAUCAGCGUCUAUCCGGAUCUGUUGGAGGAAUCCAGCGAGGUGGCACAACAACAGUCCACAGAGCGUGUGGCAACUGACGCGACUCGCAACAGUCGGCUGACAAUCGUAAGCGGAUAUCUGCCCACUUCGGCGACAGCAAUGCUGCCCGAAUCGAUACGGUUGGCUAAGGUUAAAAUAAAUAAGGAAAGAAAGCGUAUGAUGAGCUUGCGGCAAAGGCACGGAAGGCGGCAUGCGUAGUCGUUGUCUGUCUUUAUGUGAGACUAGGAGGAUAGAAGGGAAUAGGAGAAAACAAGCCGAAAAUGCUUGGUUCAUGCGCGGUUGAAUAUAGAAUACGAGAGCGGAAAGUUUGCUCUCGAUGCAGAGUUUCCGAAAGCUUUCAAUAAAUUCUCACUAAAACUGUCUUGAAAAGUUUGUAUGUCGCAACAGUAGUAAAAAGCUUUGAGUACGAUUUGUAUAAAUAGAGUAGUGGCCCUAAAAGCUUUCAAAACAAAUGCAGGAAAGCGCAAUGACAACUUGGGGUGGAGAGCAGUUAACAAUACAAGUUUUAA